AUGGUACCGAAAGGUCGACCGAAGAAAGACGAACGUCCCGGAAAGAAGAAGGAAGUGAAGAAAAUGGUAGCCGGAAAAAAAGAACCUCCGGGUUCCAAGAAGGUUUCUUUCAAAUUCAAGGUCCCUUGUUAAAUAGAAAAAUAUUUAGGAAAAGAAAAUCCCGAAGAAAAUUCCGAAAUUUUCCGCAGAUUAUGAAAAAACACCGGAAUUUGACUACGAGGAUCUUAUGAAAGGUUUCGAAAAAGAAGUUUUAUUUUUAAUUUUUUUAUUAACCUUUAUUUUUUUAGACCCCAAUUUCAAUAAACCGGAUUUAAUAUGUUCGCCGGAUCCUGCAGGUUUUUUUAAAUUUUAUAAUUUGAAAAACAAGGCUUUUUUCAGAGUUCAACGAGGAUUACUACAGAAGAACGGGGCUCAGAAAGCCAAUUUUGUUCCACUGUGACCCGGUUGAACUUGGAAUGACGUGAGGGAAAUACAAAAUGAUGGAUAUUACGGAUAUUUAUCAGAAUUCCCGAUUCGCGAAACUUUUCGGUCAACGACGUUCUGAAGCUGAUUGGCGGGAAUCGGCUGAUCGAAGUCGUUCGAGUUGGUUUUUGAAGAUUUAUCGAAAAUUGGCACAUAGUAAAGUUGAAUUUAUAAUUUUUUUCAGAGGUAAAGAUGUUUUUUUGGAUUUUUUUGCGGAGAAAAUCGCCGCCGAAAUCGCUCACAUCAUUAAAAUAAAAAAAUUGACCUUUAUUGUUUGGAAAAUUUAAAAAGCCGUCUUCAAAUAUAUUAAACCAGAUUUUUUUGCGAAACUCAAAAUGCAAGUAAAAAUUGGCUUUUUAGUUUCAAGAUUUUUAUCUAAAAAUUUGGAUAUUUCAUGAUCAAAACGGUUUGUUUUCCAAUAAAAAGAAGCUGAACGUUGAAAAACCCUUACUCGAGAAGUUAUUUUUUUGAAGGUUGAAGACCAGUCGACCAUCAAGAUGUCUUUAAAACAGUUUAUAAAAAGUACUAUAAGUGAGUUUUCCCUUUUUUUAAUAAAAGGAAAUGAGGGAAUUUCUUGCAGUCUACCGCCUGAGAAGCGACCCGACCGUUAUAAUGUCCUCUCGUUGGAAUAUUCGAACACCCCGCUUGAAGUUUGUGAUAUCUUAUGAAGUUUGUGAGAAGAAAAAAGACAUUUUAAUUGGUUAUUUUUGAAUUGCGAUUUCCUUUGAAUUUUUUCAUCGAAAAAUUUUUGUGAGCGGAAUUAUCCUUUUACAUAGCUUAUUAUGGACUUUAAAAAAAAUCAGAAUGCUUGAUAUUGCAUUUAAAAAAACGUUUAUCAGUCUAAAAAAAUUCUUGAAAAUGAGAACUGGAAAAAAACAUUUGUGAAACGAAUUUUUAGAAAAAAAUAUGAUUCAGAGCGAUUUUAAGUUUAUAGUCUUUUCAAAAAUCAUUGCUAACGAGUCUGAAAGGCCCAAAGUUUUGCAAAACAACGCUUAAAAAAUAGAAAUCUUUCAUUGAACUAAAAAUCGCCCGAAAAGAUGAUUUCAACCCUUUUUUUCAUAGUCUGUUCAAAAAAUCCUUCCUGAGGAGUUCAAAAGAGCCAAAUUUUCUCAAAAUAACGCUGAAAAGUUUGCCCUGCUUUCAUAAAAGUUGUCUCCAAUGAAGUUCUCAGCAAGUGUGUUUGAUUCGAUUCUACAGAGUUUUUAUUAUUAUUUUUUCCUGAUUUUCGUCGAUUUUUGAUAAAAAAUGCUUGCUGGGGUGUUUAAAAAGUAACCCUGAAAAAUUAUUCCGCCUUGAUCCCAUUUAAAGUUUGCCUUUGCUUCUCUGAACUUCUUAGCGACGAUUUAAUAAUAAUAUUUUCACAUUUUUUUUUUCCAUUUUUUUUCCAUGAUUUUUGUUUUAUAAACUGCUUGAAAGCCCUUUGUCAUAUUUUUGCGAAAUAACUUUGAAAACGCCGUUUUUUUUUUCCCAUUCCUCUAAUAAAACUUGUGUAUGCUCCUUUACAGGCAUUAGCGAAAGUUUAUACUUAGACUUUCAAUUACUUUGUAAUUUUUCUCAUUUUUAAUUCUAGGACCUCGUCCGUGGACCGAAGGUCGUCCGCAGAAUUUGCUGGGCCGAAAACAACUGGCCGGAUGCCCUCAAAACGCGAGAAAUCAACUUUGAACCCGACGGCAAACAUUAUACGCCCUUCAUAA